GGGCAGUCUGAUAAACCUAUCAUUUCAUUUUGUAUCAUUAAAGCUUUUAGUUGAAUUUAACCUGAAUUUAAUAAAAUAAUUUAAAUCAAGAAUCUCUGAUAUAUCGCAUUGAAAAAGUGAGAUCAUAUCAUAUAAUUGGUGAAUUCUUCUAUCAACAUCAAAUAAUAUCUGAAUCUCAAUCAAUGCCUAUAAAGAGGUUGGUGUUUAUGGAGGUGGAACCACCGAGUCCAAUAAGAUACUUGAUCGGAUCAGCGAUUAUGAUGAUCGGAGUUGUAUUGCCCCUUGGUUAUAUGAUGUUUCGCAACAAACGCGUUCCGUCUUCUUCGCCUUUCGCUAAACAGACGUAAGAGCAAAGUUAUGAUAUAGAGUGGCAAAGGCGUGAAAACAUAUUUGCUUUGUAGUUUGAGGCAUUGAAGAGUAGACUUUGAGGUAAUAGCGAGUAUGCACACACAGUGAAUGUAAUUGCUUACGCUCACUCUGAUCUUUGAUUCUCAGAAAUUGAGUUCAAUCUUAGAAAUGGUCUUAUAUCGGGUGUUGUUCGAGCUCUAAAUUUGACUUUAUAAGAACAUGAAAAUCCAAAUUAUAUUCCCUUUUUCUUUAUGGAAA